GGUCGAGAACGCUUUUCAUCGUACCGCGCGCGCGCGCGCGAGAAAGAAAAGAGAGGAUCGGUUGAAAAGGAAGGUGGAACCGGUCGAAAGAAGCGACAGUGAAAGAGUGAAAAUCGAUGUGAAACGAUGGGGAGGGAGAAAGAAAGAGAGAGAGAGAGAGAGAGGCAGCUGCGUCUGUACUCGUAGGGAGAGAGAGAGUGAGCGAGGAAGAAGGGUUGUCUCCUUUCGCGGGGAAUCGACGAGGAAAGAGAGAACCGGUGAUUUAACGGAGGGGGAUUACGCAUGCGCCGUAAAUCAUUUCGUAGCAUCGGAGCGGUGUGUCGCGCGCUCCUGAAACGCAGUUUCCGCGAAUCGGUGAUCGACGAAAAAAGUGUGUGCGAGCGCCGCGUCGCGACGUCGCGUGCUACCUGCCGCCUGUUCAGGAUGUCGAUCGAGCAAAGGAUCUUCCGUUCGUCGCGUCGGUCGACCCGUUGAUCGGACGAGAAUCGAAUCAAAGGCUGGAGGCACGAUUUUCGACGAACGCGGUCAGCAUGGAUUCGAACGUCGGUCUCGAUUAUAUCGUGGACAAUCCCGAUUACUGCGCCAAACUCGCUUCGGCGUUGGACACCGCCUGUCCUUCGGUGAAGAAACAAGUGGUGGAUCUGCUGUCGGCGCUUUGCGUCUACAGCCAAGAUGGAAGGCAGAGGGUUAUCGACGUUCUACACGCGUACCAGGAACGCAAGGGCGAACGGUACAGAUUGCGAAUCGUGGUCAACGAGCUGCGAAAAGCCACCGCGGUGGAUUAUCAGACGGGGCUGCUGGCCUUCGUCAACUGUUUGGUGAUCUCCACGCCGGUGCUCAAGGAUCGCAUACGAAUUCGCAACGAGUUUAUCGGCUUGAAGCUGCUUCCGGUCCUGAACGAGCUACGGAAGAGUCACGCUCCGGAUCUGAGGGUGCAGCUCGACGUGUUCGACGAUCAACGAGAAGCCGACGAGGAACUCUCGAAUCACGGGCCGCCGGGAAUCGAUCUCUCCUCUCACGUGGACGUGUUUUACGCGAUCCUGGGACAAAUCGCCGACACCCCGCAAGAGAUUCCAUUCCUGAGCGUUCUUCAACAUCUGCUGCGCCUGGACCCGAAAGACCCCGCCAGCGACUUGGCGUGGGACACGGCGGAAACGUUGGUGCACAGAGCGACGCUUUUGGAAAGCCGAGAAGACGCGACGAAAUUGCUGCGGUCGCCCAGCCUUCAGACGAAUCUGUGCUGUCAUUGUAGAGGCAACGAACAGUCUUGCGGCGCGUCCCGGAAGGCCUCGCUGCCGGCGAGCAAUCCGACGACGGCGCCGAUCGGCGCGCCGUCUCGGCCGCCUUCGCCGCCUCUGCCGCCGCCCCCUCCGCCGCCCGAUCCCCCGGCGGUGGCACCGAACUCGCCGAGCCAAGGCGGCCGGUUCUUCUCGCCGCCUCCGCCACCGCCGUUCCUCGCCGCCGACGCGACGCGGGCCGAUGCGUCGAUGGAGCCGGCGCCGCCCGUGCCGCCGCCGUUGCACGCGUGCACCGUGUCGCCGGUCGCGCGGGCGCCCACCCCCGAGCCGCCGAACAAUCGCGCCAGGCUGCUGCCGCAACAGGAGAUACCCACGCCCAAGGCGAAAAUGAAGACCAUCAAUUGGAACAAGAUACCGAAUCACAAAGUGAUCGGCAAGCGGAACAUAUGGUCGCUGGUCGCCGACGAGCACCAAAACUCCCCCAUGGCGGACAUCGACUGGGCGGAGAUGGAGGGUCUGUUUUGCCAACAAGCGCCGCCGAUGCUUCCGGCCGCCUCCUCUUGCUCGGUGCUCCACGGAGCCAACUCCGACGUCGAGAGGCGACGACGGGAGCCGACCGAGAUCGCGCUGCUGGACGGCAAGAGGAGCCUGAACGUCAACAUAUUUCUCAAGCAAUUCCGAAGUUCGAACGAAGACAUCGUUCAGCUGAUCAGAGAGGGCGGUCACGACGACAUCGGGGCGGAGAAGUUGCGGGGCCUUCUCAAGAUUCUCCCCGAGGUGGACGAGCUCGAGAUGCUGAAGAGUUUCGACGGCGACAAGUCGAAGCUCGGCAACGCCGAGAAAUUCUUUCUGCAACUCGUCCAAGUCCCCAACUACAAGCUGCGGAUAGAGUGCAUGCUCCUGAAGGAAGAGUUCGCCGCCAACAUGGGCUACCUGGAGCCGAGCAUCAACUCGAUGAUCCUCGCCGGGGAGGAUCUGAUGACGAACAAGCCGCUCCAAGAGCUGCUCUACAUGGUCCUGGUCGCCGGGAAUUUCCUCAACUCGGGCGGUUACGCUGGAAACGCGGCCGGAGUGAAGCUGUCGUCUCUGCAAAAGCUGACCGAGAUUCGAGCGAACAAGCCGGGAAUGAAUCUGAUUCACUACGUUGCUCUGCAAGCCGAGAGGAAACGAAAGGACUUGCUGGACUUCGCGAAGAGCAUGAACGCGCUCGAGGCGGCCACCAAGACCACCACGGAGCAGCUGAGCAACGAGUUCAACGCGCUCGACACCAAGAUCAAGAAGAUCAAGGCGCAGAUCCGGCUGGCCACUACGGAACUCGACAUUCAGGAGCAAAUGGCGCAAUUCUUGCAGAUGGCGGAGCAGGAGAUGAGCCAGCUGAAGCGCGACACGGAGGAGCUCGAGACCGUCAGGCGAACGCUCGCCGAGUUCUUCUGCGAGGACGCGAACGCGUUCAAGAUCGAGGAGUGCUUCAAGAUAUUCCACCAGUUCUGCCAAAAGUUCAAUCAAGCGGUCGCGGAGAACGAGAGGCGGCGCGUCCAGGAGGAGCAGGUGCUGGCCAGGCGCAGGCAGCGGGAGGAGCAGCUGCUGGCUAAAAAGCGAUUCCGUAUGUUCGUCGUUGUUUGCUCUUUCACCCUCUCUCUCUCUCUCUCUCUCUCUCCCUCUUUUUUUCACAAAUUAUCCUCGACAGUCGCGAGUCAAGCGGCGGAGACGACGCCCGCCUCCGAGUCGGAGUCGAACAUCCUCGACUACGAUGCUCUCUUCGACUUCCAUCCCGGUUUGCCGCAAAGAAGUUACAACCGCAACGACGCCAAGAUGAAAAGGUUGCAAAACGGAGGGAUGACGUCCGACGAGGACGUCUCGAUCGCCGGAUCCCCGAGCAUCCGACGACGAUUGGGCUCCUGUUCCGGAACCGUCGACCAGCAAUCUACCAAAGAAGAUUCCACCUAUUCCCCAGACGUGACGCCGAACGGUACUCUUCGUCGUCGCAGGAGCCGGAUACCCUGCGAGGACGACGACGGCAAUCUGAUGGACUUUUUGAGAACCUCGGGUCAGGACAACGCUCGCGAGAGAAAGUCCUGGGGUAGUCUAGAUCGUUCGUGGGCGAGGAAAGCGCGAGGCCAGUCUCGCAGGAGCGAUCUGCUGACGGCCGACUUUUCGACCGACAGAGAGAGGCCGAGUUCUCCGUCGCCUCUCGUGGAAAGCAAGCCCUUCUUGCAGGAGGAAGAGGAGACCAAACCCGCGGGAAAAGCGUGGCGACAGAAGAUCGAGGCGUGGCUGUCGGAGAACGAGAAGGAAGAUCGCGCGGGCGAACAGCUGCAGAGGAGAGCGCGACAAUUGCACCAGGCGGCGAACCGACGGUCCUUCGAAGACUCGGAAAGCGAAGGCAAGACCACCAACACCCCGACCGAUGCGAAUUCUACGCACGAGCCAUGCCCUCGGCUGUACGAUUGGCGGCCGUCGGUCGAAAAGACGGACGUGAUGCGCACGAUGGAGGCUAUCGAAGAAGCCGAAACGCAUCCGUCGCAAAAGGACAAAUCUCCCUGGAGGAAGUCCAGCUUGAACGUGCCGAACAGCACGGAGGAGACGGACCCGCGACACUCGCGUCGAUCGAGAUCGAGAAUCGGAGGCGCGGAAAACGUUCUCGCCUCCGCCGGGAUCCUGCAGUCGAUCAAGGAGGAAGAGAGGAAGCGAAACAGAACCAACGACGCCGCCGGCUCGGACAAUCGGGACGAGCUGACGAUCUACUUGCGCGAACCGUACGGCAGCUCUCGGAUCUCCGGGUCGCGGAGGUUGCCCAAGCAGAAGAAGGCUCCGGAAGAGGAGAAGAAGAUCAGCGACAAGAUCGAGAUCGAUUCGGACAACAUCGAAACGCCGCCGGCGACGAGGAAGCUGUUCGGACCGCCGAAGGAGGUGAAGCCGGUCGAGAAGGAGCCGUGCAAGAGGGAACGGUGCAACGGUUCGGUCAGAAACGCGACGGCGAAGGCCGCGAGUCACGGCGGCGGUCUCGGCGGCGGUCUCGGCGGCGGUCUCGGCGGCGGUCUCGGCGGCAGCGGUGUCGUCGUCGUCGGCGACAACAACGGCAACGUUUGCGGCGGCGGAGAUUUUGGCGCGGGUAACUUCGAUCGAUACUCGGCGACGAGGCGAACGCGGAGAUACAAAAAGGUGCAAGACUGCCCGGAAAAGGAGUCGAGGCAGGAUCAUCGACCGGCGCCGAGCGCGGAAACGUUCGACGAGAAACCGGUCCAACGUCCGCACACGUUGCCCUUGUGCGAGCAACAACCGGCCGUCGACGCGAACGCGAACGCGAACGCGACCGCGACCGCGACCCCCGCGGAGCACGGUGCCGGCCUCGAGCAGGACGCGAUGCUGAGGGUCUGGCAGGAGAAGCUGAAGCGGCGCGACGCGGCCUCGUUCGACGUCGACGCCGCGCUCGCGGACAUCGCCCGUACCGGCGAGGACCUCCAGCGGCUGACCCGACCGAUCGCGUUCGCGCGCCGAAAUUCCAGGCUGCCGGUCGGUCAACCGCCGCCGCCGCCGGUUCUGGCGGUGACCAACACCGUGCUGAGCCCCGUGAUGCAAGAGUCCCGGCCUCGCGAACCUUCGACGACGGUCCUCGCGGAGAGAGCGGUGACCAGUCGAGAACGUCAGAGGAGCAUGAUCGAUCCUAGUCAGGUCAAGGAGGCGAUAAGAUUGACCAACAACCCGCCUAGUCAGGUGAAUCAGGCUCGGAACGCGCGAAGACGGUUCGCGUCCUCCGCGGACGGCGCGAUGGAAGAGGAGGAGGAGGAGGAGGAGGAAGACGAGGACGAGGAGGACAGCAGCGAGGAUCGAACCGACUCGGCCAACGACGCGAAGCUGGCCCGACGGUCGGCCGACGACGCUCGAGUCUACGAGACCUCGAUCGGCGACGACAAGGACGGCAAAAGAACGCGACCGGCGACGAGAUACGUUCCCGAGAUCGUCGUCGCGACGUCCCCGGGUCUACCUUCGAAGGGUCGAGAUCAGGACAUGAACGACGAGGGAUUCGAGGAGUCCCAGAGCCUGGUCUCGGAAACCUUGAGCCAAGAAACGUCGUCCGGCAACUACGAGACGGACGCGCACGACUCGACCCGCUGUUCCCCGGCCGAACUGCGCUUCUCCGGAACCGAUUCGGUUCGCGCGGCACGAAACGACGGCGGAGGCGAGGAUCGUCGCGCCAAAAAGCCGGCCGACGAUCGACCUUUCGGAUCGCCGAUCAAAGGGUUCGGGAAACGAGGAGGUUCGCCGAGGAGCGCGUCGGAGAGGAGCAGCUUCUUGCCGAAGCGAACCGGCGGCGCGAAACGAGACGCGGCGAACGCGGCGAACGCGGCGACCGCCGGAUCGGUCUCGUCGAGCGGCCAGCCGAGAAAUCCGUCGAGAAACGAGGUCGAGAGGUCGGGCUCCAGAAGCAGCCUGCGCAGCUCGAGGAGCUCCCUGAACAGCGCCACUUCGGUCAACACCGUGAGAAACUUGGUGCCGAAUCACGUUCGCCUGAGGACCUACACGUCCGCGAUCCGAGCGUUGACCAACAACCUUCGCAAGAGUCCGUCGAGCACGCCCCUGCCGCCGAAGAACCUCGAGAAGCGGCGGACCGAUCCGCGAACCGCCGCCGUCACCAGGAUACCCGCCAGCAGGAGCAGCAGCAGCGGAAGCAGCGUCGGCCCCGCCGCCAUCGCCGCCAGGACGGUUCGGAGGCCUCUCGGGACGUCGAGCGACGCCUCCAAGUCGAAAGGGAACAAGAGCCGGACGAUCGGCAACGCCGGCGCCGCGAACGCCGCGAACGCCGCGAACCAACGAUCGCCGACUUCUCUGGAACGAUCCAACGUCGAGAAACUGCCGGCUACGAGGAGCAGACUGAUUCAACCUCGAACCGUCGUCGCCAAGAGCCACGGUUUCAUGAGACCGACGGCCGCGAGCGCGAACAAAGGCUCGAAUCCGAAUCUUCCCAGAAGCGUGAAAGGUUCGGUGAAAUGAUCGAGAUCGCGACCGGCUCGCGACGAUUUUCGUCCGGCCAUCGGUCCGAUCAUAAUUAUUCCUUCCGGUCUCUCGGGACUCGUUUACAAGCAUGUAAUAUAUUUCUAAGCGUAUACUAACUGGACGCGUCGGAGGCGCGCAAGUUUCGCGGACGAUCGCGCGCAAGUUGUAAGCCGCGACGACGAUCGUUGGUCGAAUUAACGAGUUGAAUAAACGUAAUUUAAUUUUC